UGAACGGGUUUCGUCCGUCAGGCGCUCACACAAUGGGGAUUCACAUCGUUAUAUAUUAAAGUUGUAAAGUGCCUUUGUGAAAAUUAAGUACAGAAUUUUGAUUUUCUUUUAUGUAUUAAAUCGACUGUAAAAAGACAAUGCGGUCUAAUACAGGUGACUUAAAAGAUUAUUUCCUGAGUGACAGUGACAGUGAUCACAGUGAUAUUAGUAUGAGUGAUGACAGUCAGAGUAGUGAGGAUGUCAAUGUCAGUGAUCCUGAUUCGGAAUCUCUAAAUGAGUCUCACGAUGAUAUUGAAGCAUCCACAUCAAAUGGUGUGGUUGGAGGAAGCAGAGUUGACAAUGAGGAAGAAGAUGAAGUUGUAAAAGCCAUUUUGCGGUCUAAAGAGUUACACAGAGAUCACCCGCCAACUAUUUCAAUGGAGGACCCUGUAGUAGAUGUUUGCUUUCAUCCUGCGAAAGACCUAAUUGCUCUGGCAAGCAUGACUGGCGAUGUUCUUUUAUACAAAUAUAAUAAUAAGGAAACAGAACUUGUUUCUACCCUGGAACUACAUUUGAAAUCAUGUCGAGACAUAAAGUUCAGUCAUGAUGGAAAGUUACUAUUUUCUACUGCUAGAGACAAGUUAAUUAUGCUUACAGACGUUGAGACUGAGAAACUUUUAAGUGUUUAUCAAAAUUCACAUGAAGAUUCAGUUUAUUCAAUGACAAUACUUGACGAAAAUACAUUCGUUACGGGCGACGAUUCUGGUGUAGUUAAAUUAUGGGACCUACGACAAAGUGGUGACACUCCUGUCUUUUCACUAAAAGAAGUGGACGAUUAUAUCAGUGAUAUGAUCACCAACAGUGAUAACAAGUAUCUCGUAUGUUCCUGCGGAGAUGGUACCCUCACCACAAUAAACAUGCCAGCACGGAAAAUGCACGUCCAGUCCGAGGAAUACGGUGCAGAUCUGACGUGCCUGGGAUUGUUCAAAACUGAAUCAAAACUCUUAACCGCAAGUAUCAAAGGAAAAAUGUACGUGUUCAACUGGGGCGAAUUCGGUCUACAUUCUGAUGAAUUUCCAGCUCUGACAAAAAAAGCCAUAAACUGUAUGAUACCCAUAACGGAAAACGUAGUUAUCACCGGCUCCGAAGAUGGUCUUAUUAGAGCAUCCAGCUUGUUUCCACAUCGGCAACUUGGCAUCGUCGGGCAGCACAACUUCACCGUCGAAAAUAUCGAUGUAAAUCACGACGGCACCCUAAUCGCAUCCUCGUCGCACAAUAAAGACGUGCACUUUUGGAACGUCCAGUACUUCGAAACGCUGAACGUUCACGAGCCGGUUAAGGGUGGUAAACAGAAACGGAUGAAGCAUAAUUUACCAAGUAGUAAAGUGGAUAAUGCAUCUGAUUUCUUUGCCGAUCUUUGAUCUGCUGUAAUGAUGAUUAUCAGACAGCAGAUUCGUACAUAUAAAUACGCAUACAAUGAGAGUUUCGUUAUCAUUUUUUAUUUUAUUAUCUUAUUUUAUUCUCGUUAUCAUUCGUUACUGAUCAUUCCUAUGUGCCAGCUCUUACUCGGAUAAUAACGGCAUGUGGAUCACAAAUAAAAGAAAUACAAAUA